GUUGUUUGCUACAAUACAUGUGGUGGUUUAAAUGAAAUAUCUUCUGUAUAUUAAUUCAUUGUAGUAUAAAACAAAUUGUUUCUGGAAGCCUCACUCAAUCUUAAAGAAAUAUUUCUGUUUAUAUCUUGUGAAUUACUUUGAAUCCCAUACGGCUGUCUAUAAUGACUUCCAUAGAAUCUUUAAUUAAAGAAAUUAUACAAAAAAUUCUUAUUGGUUCCGGUGAACCAUUACAUAGUAUAUCUGAUGUUGUUAUUGAUUUAAUUUACAAUUAUAUAAAACAUAAUGUCAAUCAAUUAUUAUUAAAUUUACCAAAAUUCAAGUUACCAAAUUUAAAUGAGUUAUUAAUUCUAUGCCAAAAUCAACCAUUUCGAUUAAUUCGAAUUGUAAAAUAUUUUCGUAUAAUUUGUAAUAAUAAUUCUGUAAUUAUUCAAACAAAUGAAUUCAAUUUGAAUUGUAGUAAUAACAACAAUAAUAAUGAUUUUUUUAAUGAAACCAAUCAUGUUGAUGACAUAACACAACCAGUCGAUAAUGAUCAUCAUGCCGAUGAUGAUGAUCAUCAGGGUACUACUACUACUACAUACGAUCAUUCAAAACUUUUCAAUUCUCUUUUAUUAAACAAAAAUCCAACAUGGAUACGUUUAAACAAUCUAUUUGAUCAAUUGUCAAUACCUUCACCGAUCAAUAAUCAUAACCAUGAUGUUGAUGAUGACGAUGACAAUGAUAAUAAUGGUAAUAAUAGUAAUACUAACAACCAUUUUUGGCAAUUAUUUAAACCAUACUAUCAUCAAAUUCAUUGUAAAUUAGCUAAAGGUCGUUUACUUCGUUUAGCUAGAAUUGAUUCCAAAGUUUCUGGGGAAACAAUGGAUGAAUUUUUGUCAUUUCAUCGUUUACGUCAAUCGGCUAGUUUUUUAAGUUUAACUAAAUCACGUAAUUGUCAGAAAUUUUUAUAUUGGCUUUAUUAUUGUACAUUGAACAAUCAUAAUAAUAAUAAUAAUAAUAAUAAUAAUAAUAAUAAUAAUAAUGAGAAUACAAUGAAACAACCGUUGAAUAAUAAUAAUAAUACUAAUAACAGCAAGGGGACGUUGAAAAGUAAGAAUGAACGACAUUUGAAAAUGCUGAAUAGUAGUAGCAUCAAUCGGCCUACAUUGUCUCCGUCCACAUCAUCAUCAUCGUUGUCGUGCACAAUCGAUUCAACAUUGUCGUUGUCGUUACCGUCCCCCUCAUCCUCCGCCUCCUCAUUGUCAGCAGCGUCAGCAUCAUCAUCACCAUCAGCGUUUGAAGGUCUCUAUAUAUUGGCUUAUUUAUUAGAUGGUGAUAUUUUAGACAUUAUUGAUAUGAUUUUGUUUAAUCGACAAAAAUUAUGCAUUAAUCAAUCAUCACCAAUUACACCGAUUGAAAUUAAACAAGUUUUACACAUGUUUACAACACUACUUUAUCCAAGAUAGUCAGUAGUAAUCUCAUGUACAUAAACAAAUUUUUUGAUUUGAUUCGAUUUAGUUGUAUAUAAAUAGUUGUUCCGGUGUCUUUUUUUUUUUCUGUUACGUUUAUACAAUUUUCAGUUUCCAAAAAAAAGAGACAUGUAGGAUUGCAUUUCAAUUUCAGAUCUAUGCAUAUACUACUAUUAAUAAUAAUAAUAGUAGUGAAAUGUGAUCAAUGAUGCGAAAAUUGAACAUGUACAAUUUUCUUUUUUUAUAAGUUUUGUUUAUUAUUGUGUUUUAUUUUUUUUUUGCGCUUUAUUCAAAUUUUAUUUGAAUUAUUAUUAUUAUUCAAAGAUGUUUUGUUCAUACUGAAAAAUUAUUCACUUUAAAUUAAAUAGCUUAAAAAUAAAUAGUUUUUUUAUUU